UUAUUAUUGUUAUUAUUACUGUUGGCGGACGCGGCGAAGAGAAAGGUGCCAAUCGCCGGCCUGCCUGCCAAGCGCGCUGGCUGGCUGGGCUGGCUCCCCGUAGCGCUCUCGGCUGAUGAUCGUCAGGUACGCAAGGCGAUGCCCACACCCACCCGACGCUGAUCAGAGUUCGCCGCUACGCCAGGGUUCGUGUUGCGAGCGGAAAUUCGAACGGGAGGGGGGUGGGGAAAGGACUGGAUUUCGCUCAGCGAUGACUAGGGUACGGCAGGUUUGCUUCCAGGGCUUCACGAGGAUUAGAAGAUAUCGUGCACUAUCCGAUGGCUGCUUGGGCCAAGAUGUGGAGAAUUUGGUCUUGGGAGACGUGGAUGCCUUGGACGCUUUUUGGCGUUUUUUGCGCUCGUGGACCGACUGCCCCAUCAUCACCACCACCACCAUCGUUGGAAGUGGGCCAGCUGAUAGCAUUGAUGAUGACAGGGGAGGAUCUCUUAAUCGAGUUUCACCUUUUUCGCACAAUUUCGCCGAACUCGCGCCACAACUCGGCGAGAUCUUCAGUGGCGGUAGGCUAAGUGCUUGCGCCCAUUUCAAUCCCGGUUAGCAUGAUGAUGUUUGGGGCGAGAUGGUUCAAGACCGAGAGACGUUGGGUAGUGGCCUUUUUGGGCGGUGCUCUCUAAGAUGAGAGUCCACUCUUGCUUUCACGAUGAUCGCAUCUGGUGACAUGUCAGGUCAUAUGCUUCUCCUUCAUGCAUGAUGCGAGUGAUAUGAUAUGUAACUCCAAGCAGC